CACCCCUGCACUCUGAGAGAGUGAAGCCUUGAGACUAAGCGGAGGUGGGAUGGCUGUGGAGUAAAGACAGAGGGUGUUUCUUCUCUCUAUUCCUGGGUACUGGGAGGAGGAAUAUCAGGGAGUCACUGGAGUGGUGACAGCAGCGGUGAGCAUAAAGGUGUCUGAGUGGCCAGGGUGGUGGUGCUAUUGGGGACCUGGAGGGCGUCAGCAUACAGACACAACUGAGGUUUCAUUCCUGACUCCUGGAACCUCAAGGAAAGGUGAGACCCUGGAGCCUUCACUUGUGUUUCUGUGAAGAAGCCCAAAGCCUCCUCCUCCCUUCUGAAGAGUUGUCAGACUCCAUCCUCUCAUUUCCGAGGUGCCCAGGAAAGAUGGCUCAAACCAUGGUGACGGUGAAUGGAGCUGAAGUGGCCUCCGUACUGCCCAUGUCCCCUCAAGUCAACAUCCACAUCCACCACCACUCGGCUCUGGAGCAGCUGCUGAGAGCCAUAGGUUCCGUGAAGAAGUCUCUCUCCCGCCCUCAGGACACAGGGCCCUCCAAGGCCAGCAUCCACCAUGGGCUGCUGGCUCUAGGGGUGACCCAGAUAUUGCUGGGGCUUGUGAGCUGUAUUCUCGGAGUGUGUAUCUACUUUGGGCCUGAGACUGAGCUGCAUACCUUUGGCUAUGCCUUCUGGUCAGGGUCUGUGGCAGUUGUAGCGGGAACUGGCAUCAUUGUCAACGAGAAGCGACGUGGAAAACUAACUGGCGUCAUAUCCUGCCUGCUUAUCCUGGCUUGCACUGCGACAGCUGUGGCUGCGACAGUCCUGAGUGUGAACAGCUUAACCUGGCAAACGAGCGGUGCCUACCGUUACAGGAUCAGUUCCACGUGUGACCCCGUACAGACGAGCACGGACAGUGGGGAUGGGCCAGUGCCAUUCUCUGACAACACAAGCUGGCAGACAGAGAGGUGCCGAGAGUACCUGCGCAUGAUGAUGAACUUGAUCCUAGCAUUUUACAUCAUGCUCACAGUUGUCUGCAUCCUGAAGAUUGUCAUGUCUUUGGCUUCCCUGGGACUGAGUCUCCAAAGUAUGUGUGGCCGGAGCUCCCAGGCCCUGGAUAAGGAAGAGGCAGAAAAGAAGCUUCUUGGGGGAGAUUCAACACCUUCCUCCCCAACCAAGGCAAUUCCUGUUAUUCUGUGAGCUGCUACAAAGAUCCUGCUUGAGCCCACGUGUGUCUAUGAGCAGCGGAACCCAGCAAGGGCAGCGCCUGUUCCCAGGGCCUCUGCUGGCCCCACAGCACACAGCUACUUCUGAUGUAGCCACUGUCCAGCCCUCUUUCUCUUCUCUCCCCACGCCAAUGUCCUUUGUUCCCUGAACAAUAUUGUGUCAUUUUUCCCAAUGCUAAUGAAGCAGAAACAACCAGAAAAAAAAUAGCUUCUUGCAGAAA